CAUUUCCUUUCCGUUUUAACCAUGUUACUGUGUUUGCAAAGUUUGUCAGCAGAGCAGCUUUCUGUUUUGAUAGUUUAGAAAUUUGUAUUUUCAUCUUUGAAAAAAGACAUGCUUGUAAGCUAGUUCAGUUUUAAGAUGUUUUACUUAGAAGAUGGUAGUGAAGAUGAGGAGAAGGUUCAUGAAGACUCACCAAACAAAACUGAAGAUGUUUACCAUGGAAAGGCCCCUGCUGGUAUCCUGUCUCAAACCAUGAAUUAUGUGGGACAGCUGGCCGGGCAGGUGAUUGUCACUGUGAAGGAACUCUACAAGGGCAUUAACCAAGCUACCUUGUCUGGGUGCAUCGAUGUCAUUGUGGUGCGGCAGCAGGACGGCACCUAUCAGUGUUCGCCUUUCCAUGUUCGGUUUGGGAAGCUGGGAGUCCUGAGAUCCAAAGAGAAAGUGAUUGAUAUAGAAAUCAAUGGUGAUGCAGUGGAUCUUCAUAUGAAAUUGGGUGACAAUGGAGAAGCUUUCUUUGUGGAGGAGACUGAAGAGGAAUAUGAAAAACUUCCUGCUUACCUUGCCACUUCACCAAUUCCUACCGAAGAUCAGUUCUUUAAAGACAUUGACUCCCCUUUGGUAAAAUCAGGUGGAAAUGAAAGACCAUCUCAGAGUUCUGACAUCUCACACAUCUUGGAGACAGAGACAGUUUUUACUCCAAGUUCUGUGAAAAAGAAAAAACGAAGAAGAAAGAAAUGCAAACAGGAGAGUAAAAAGGAAGACCAGGCAGCUUCCCCUGCUGCAGAAGACACUGUGGAUGUGGAUCUGAGCUCUGAUGAUGACAAGGCAGCCCAGUCAGCAAGAGGAUCUUCAAAUGCUUCCUUAAAGGAAGAAGAAUAUAAAGAGCCUCUGGUCUUCCAUUCUGGAGAUCAUUACCCCUUAUCCGAUGGAGAUUGGUCCCCUUUGGACAACCCAUACUCCCCAGCAGCAUGCCCAAAGAGCGAUUCAGAGUUGGAGGUGAAACCCACCGAGAGCCUGCUCAGGUCCGAGUCGCACAUGGAGUGGACGUGGGGCGGGUUUCCAGAGUCCACCAAGGUGAGCAAAAGAGAGAGAUCUGACCAUCAUCCUAGGACAGCUACAAUUACACCAUCAGAAAAUACGCACUUUCGGGUAAUCCCCAGUGAGGACCACCUCAUAAGUGAAGUUGAGAAGGAUGCAGCAUCCAUGGGAGAAACGGUCUGUACUGUAGUGAAACCCAAACCAAGAGCCCUGUGUAAGCAGAUGAGCGAUGCGUCUUGUGCUUCAGAACUUCUUGAGCCUCUCCUUGAGCCUCAGAUUUCAUCUGUGUUCAGUGCAGACCACCUUCCUAACCCAUCAUUAGUGGAGGCUUCCUCAGAGUCAAAACCAGCAGCUAAAGUAGACUCGCCAUCAAAGAAGAAAGGUGUCCACAAGAGAAGCCAGCACCAGGGACCUGAUGAUAUUUAUCUAGAUGACUUAAAGGCUCUAGAACCUGAAGUUGCAGCUCUCUAUUUCCCUAAAAGUGAAUCAGAUCCUGGCUCCAGGCAGUGGCCCGAGUCUGACACGCUCUCUGGCUCCCAGUCCCCACAGUCCGUGGGAAGUGCAGCUGCCGAUAGUGGCACUGAGUGCCUCUCGGAUUCUGCCAUGGACUUGCCCGACGUCACCCUCUCCCUCUGUGGGGGCCUCAGUGAGAAUGGAGAAAUUUCUAAAGAAAAAUUCAUGGAGCAUAUCAUUACUUACCAUGAAUUUGCAGAAAACCCUGGACUUAUAGACAAUCCUAACCUUGUAAUACGGAUAUAUAACCGUUACUAUAACUGGGCUUUGGCUGCUCCCAUGAUCCUUAGCUUGCAAGUGUUCCAGAAGAGUUUGCCUAAGGCCACAGUCGAGUCCUGGGUCAAAGAUAAGAUGCCGAAGAAAUCCGGUCGCUGGUGGUUUUGGCGUAAAAGAGAAAGCAUGACCAAACAGCUGCCAGAGGCUAAGGAAGGGAAAUCUGAGGUGCCGCCCACCAGUGACCUUCCAUCAAGCACAAAGGAGCCAGCCAGUGGCAGGCCAGCAGAGGAUGACUCAUCCAGUGAUGAAGGGUCCCAGGAGAUUGAGGAGUCAAUCAAAAUGGACCCCAUCCCUAUGGAGCCCCCGAGCCACAGCAGCACAACCUCUUACAAGAAGUCUCUCCGCCUCUCCUCGGACCAGAUCGCAAAACUGAAGCUCCAAGAUGGUCCAAAUGAUGUUGUGUUUAGUAUUACAACCCAGUAUCAAGGUACCUGCCGCUGUGCAGGGACCAUUUACUUAUGGAACUGGAAUGACAAGAUCAUCAUUUCUGAUAUAGAUGGAACAAUAACCAAGUCUGAUGCCUUGGGACAGAUUCUUCCGCAGCUAGGUAAAGACUGGACUCAUCAGGGUAUUGCAAGGCUCUACCACGCCAUCAAUGAGAAUGGCUACAAGUUUCUGUACUGCUCUGCUCGUGCCAUUGGCAUGGCCGACAUGACCCGUGGUUACCUGCAUUGGGUCAAUGACAAGGGCACAAUCUUGCCCCGAGGCCCUUUGAUGCUGUCGCCCAGCAGCUUGUUCUCUGCCUUCCACAGGGAAGUAAUAGAAAAGAAACCAGAGAAAUUCAAAAUUGAGUGUCUAAAUGAUAUCAAGAACCUGUUUGCCCCGUGCAAGCAGCCCUUCUAUGCUGCCUUUGGGAACCGUCCAAAUGAUGUCUAUGCUUACACACAAGUUGGAGUUCCAGACUGCAGAAUAUUCACCGUGAACCCCAAGGGUGAAUUAAUACAAGAAAGGACCAAAGGAAACAAGUCAUCGUAUCACAGGCUGAGUGAACUUGUGGAGCACGUGUUCCCACUUCUCAAUAAGGAACAGAAUUCUGCCUUUCCAUGCCCAGAGUUCAGCUCCUUCUGCUACUGGCGAGAUCCGAUCCCCAAAGUUGACCUGGAUGACCUGGCCUGAGGCAGCUCCUCCGGGAGAUCCUCAGUCUCUUACCUUGCAGCUAGGGAAGGUGAGCGGCACUUCUGCUGGACAGAGGACACUGGGCUCCCAUCCUAGCCUCAGGCACGUGGCAAGACUGGUGUUGACAGCUAGGCAACAGCAGGGACAAGGAGAGCUCCUCGAGCAGAAGCUGCCAUCUCCUUCACCCUUCCAGCUUGGUUGGGUUGCAGCUCAGUGCCCCAGCAGGAGAAGUGAGGGGAGCUCAGACCUGAGGUCAGAGGCCUGAGCUUCUAUCACCGGCCGGUUCUCUCACAUGUUCUAUGUCAGGUUGUGUGCUGGGUGUUCCUUCAAUUGCAUAAUUUAAAAGGAAGAAAAAAAGAAACUAAGAGUGGACCAAAAUAUUGCACAAAGUAAAGUGUUAUAAUUUCCACUGGGCAAUUCAGUGUUUCUCUCUAAAACCAGGGCUUUAUUAAGGGAUCCAGGUCCACUGAACUGCUUUGGGUCUCAUUAAUGAUGUUGAUUCAAACUGCCUGCUCACUUUUCUUCUCUGGGCUUCUCCUUCCCUGCUACUCCGAAACAGGAUGGCUGCUGGGGCCUAGCCCAGGGCCAUUCAUCACACCUUGCAGAUGUGGGCUCCUGGGGAGAAGAAGCCCCUUAGAUCAUCACUUUCUGUCUUGAACCUAGCCAGAGGAAACAGUUUUGAGGGAUAUAUUUGAUGUCUGUAAGAACAGGACUAACAACAGUGGCAGUCGGUUAAAAAGCAGAGGAGAGCUCUGGCUUCAGGAGGGCCUUAGAGAUGCAGCUGUGUACUUGGCUCCUGGGAAUGGUCCUUUCCUCUGCCCUGCUGGCCCCUCAGUUUCUCGGCCUGGUUGGAGUGAGCUGGUGCCAGAGUCUGAGCAGACAGCACCAGGGAAGGCUUCUGUCCCACAAGCUGAGAGAACCCUGAGAGAUGAGGCUGGGUGUUGACAAGUCAAUACUGACGUCUAAAGAACUGUUAGGAGGUUUUCAGGGGACCAAACGUGACCACAGGCUUCCGUGGGUGAGGAAGCAGCAAGCCAAGUUCCAGAGCAGAGUGGGCACCGCAGGUGCAGGCACCGCCCCACUCAGGGUGGUUUUCAUUUCCACAUGCUUCCCCCAUACUCGUACUGGGGGCUCUCCUUGUUUUAGUUUUCUCCACCCAAAAAAUACUAAUGUAAAAAAGGAGAAAUGGGGGUGGUUAUUUGUCCAGAUUGGAGACGCGAAAGUCCCUGUGUAGCUCAGCUGUUUCUCCUGGUGUGGUUGGAUGCGGAAACUGACAAAGGCCCUUGAGUGCUCCUCUCAGCGGCGGAACCUGAAGGCACACGCUUGCUCCAGUGCGGACCGUCCCACCUUCAAUAGGUCAAGGUCUAAUCGUUUAAUGAAUUUACUCAUGUACAGUAGGUUAGGGAAACUAGGUUAUGUUUGAAUGAAGUUCUGCCCAGUUUACUGAAUUAAAUUCCCAGUAGAAUGAAUGGCCAUGCAGUUUCUCGAUCUCAUAGAUGCCAUCAGUGUGUCCUAGACUGUUUGCUUUAGAAGAACAUAAGCUUUAUGUACUUAAUCUGAACCUAGUUGGGCCUCCUUGCACAUGUGCAGUAUGAAAACUCUUAAUGUCCACCAUCUGUAGUCCUUUUUAGGUUGUCCUUUAGAGAGUUUUUGACUAGACAGUUUCUUUUUCUCUGCACAUGUGGGCCUUCUUAGAAGGUUCAACCUGGGAGCCUAGGUCUCCCAGCCCUCUGCUGAGGGCAGCUGGUUUCUUUGUCCCAUUGUUCAUAAGCACAACUUUGUCACUUCACUGCAGAUUGAUCCAGUGGGUACUACGCUAAUUGAUGAGUCUUUUUCCUUAUUUAAAGGAGCCCCUCUUGCUGAAAAGUAGGUGAUUACUAUUGCUAUAGUGUUAUGAAGUAUUAGGUUUGUGCUGAAAAUCCAUUGCCAUUUGGUACAAAUGACAUGUUCUUUCUGUGAAAGAGAGAUGCCCUUGAGUGUGUUAGUACACAGACUCUUAUGAUGGUGAGUGAGUGAAGAAGUGUGAGCCUUUCGCUGCUCUUGGUGAUGGGUGGUAUCGUGGGUAGACCGCAGGCAGAGUGGGCUCUUCUGAGUCAUUUUCUCAGUUGCUUCACUGGUGAAACGGCCACGGGUUGGCCCCUUUCCUUCUUUCCAGCUCAACCUGACUUUAGCAUCUGCCUCGAUGUGCGUGUUAAAGCUCAUGUAGCUGCGGCAUCAACAUCUAUAUCCUCUCCGGCAUUAGGAAGUGCACGUGUGGGCCUGCAGUGUGCCGUGCCACUGUGUGUGUGUGUGUGAGCCCGUGUCUGCUGUGCUGAAACACGUCUGCACAGUUUUCAACUGGAAAAACAAAAAACUUAACUACUGCGCUGUCCUGAAAUGAAAGCUGCUAACAGUCACAGGGAGAACAGCUGAAAAACAACAGCCAAUAGAGGACUGGAAGUGCAGUACUUUUUGCCAGCAAGACCACACUCGGCCCUUCCACAGUGUGUUCUUGAAAGUGCAGGCAAGACCUUUGACAGAUAAAUAAGAAGUCAACUCUUUCUCAUAAGUUGAUGAAAGCAGACUUUUCCAGGGAAUUUUAACAUCUUUUUAAUAUCAUCAUAUUUACACUAGGAAGUCUUAUUUUCCCAUUUUAGAGCAUGCCGCAUUGAAUGAAAGUAGCUAAAAAUCGAGGUCUUGUUUCAAGUAAGUGCUCUUUCCAGGUGAAGACUGUGUUUUGGUUCAAAGGUGGGAAAGGGAGGGGAAACUUCAUUCUUUUGAUUUAAUAAUUACACUCUAUGAUAAAAUAUUUGAUUUUUAGAUGGCAGUGCCACUAAUAAGUUUCAGAUUGUCAUAAAUUAAUUGUAAACAUCAGUACUCUUAGUUAUGGCAAAGACCAUUGUCCGAAGAUAAAUGGUUCAUAUUUUGGUUCAGUGUUUGAUGUUUAAAACAGGAUGUUACAACAAUAAACAAACGUAAACUGAA